UCCUGAAGCCGCAGCUUGUUGUGGAGCGCGCGCACGGCGGGAGCACGAGCCCUCCGGAGAAGACACUCGCGUUGUUGAAGAAAAUGAGGACCAAUUUACAGAGGAAAAUGUUUCGUUUGUUUCCGAACGCCGUUUUUUCCAGAUGCUGGACUUUCUAUAAUGGAAUAAAGGAAAUUGGACAUUGAAUUGUUGUUUUUUGUUUUUUGCUUUUUUUGUUGUUGUUGUUUUUGCAAAAAGGAAGGAGUUCAUGUUUGUUGGGAUAAACUCAAAUGCUGUGUUUUUCCUUGAGCUUCAUCUGUAGUCUCUCAUUGUGGAGAUGUUAUCCCUGCAUCAUUUCAACUUCUCGGGGCCCAGCACCAUAACACCCUUCUCCAAUCAGACCCAGAAUGUGGUGGAUGUGGCAGCCGUGGGUCAAACUGGCAACCGGACAAAUAGAUCGGCCAAUAGCCCUGCUGUCCCUGGCCUUUCCAUGACCUUGGGUGUCCUGUCAAAUAUCAUAGCACUUUUCAUUUUGGCUAAGGCAUAUGCACGUCUGCGCAGACACUCCAAGGCUACCUUUCUUCUCUUCGCCAGCUCACUGGUGGCCACAGACUUGGCUGGUCAUAUCAUCCCUGGUGCUGUAGUACUACACCUCUACUCGAACAGUGUAUGGACAAGUUCUCCCACCCAUUCAGAUGCCACCUGCCAGUUCCUAGGUGGCAGUAUGGUCUUCUUCGGCCUGUGUCCACUUUUUCUGGGCAGCGCCAUGGCAGCAGAGCGAUGCCUGGGUGUCACACAGCCACUUCUUCAUUCUCGUCUUGUCUCAGGGACUCGCACCAAGAUAGCCUUGGUGCUAAUCUGGCUGGCGGCACUUUCUGUGGCCUUGCUGCCUGCUGUGAGGCUGGGAGAGUACACCUAUCAGCACCCAGGUACCUGGUGUUUUAUAAGGGUAUUAGGGAAAACAAAGGACACAGAUUUAGCCUUCCUACUGUUAUUCUCUGCACUUGGAUUGGGCUCGUUGGCCAUGUCCUUUGUGUGCAACACGAUUAGCGGCAUCACCCUGGUGCGAGCACGCCUGCGCAGAAGGAAAUGCCACCGCAGGACUGCAAACUCGCAUGACAUAGAGAUGGUGGCACAGCUCCUGGGAAUCAUGAUCACUUCCUGUAUUUGCUGGUUCCCCCUACUGAUCUUUGGCUUGAUGUCAGUCACAAAUGGCCAAAGUGACGACAACGAGGAAAAGAUGUACUAUAACAACCUGAUGGUGACGGGAGUACGUCUGGCCUCAUGUAACCAGAUCCUGGACCCAUGGGUUUACAUCUUGCUGCGGCGAGCGGUGCUCAGAAAGAUCUAUCAGCUCACAACUGGCCAGAAUGAUAUGAGAGGCAGCACUUUCCGGCGCUGGGAGAUCAGCUCCUUACAAUCUCAGAGCUCAGAGAAAAAAAACACCAUCAAACAGAUCUAAGAGAGAGAAUGAAAAGAAAAGGGUGGAUACGGAGGACCCGCUGUCGGCGUAGACGAUGGAAGAAUAUACAAAAACUUUUGUAUACAGAGUGCAAUCGAAGGACUGAGAGAGAUGCUUCAUUUACAAUUGCUCUAAUAAAUCACUUUGGAUAAAUAUACGUGGUAAUUCAAAAUGUGCCAACAUUUUAGUCCCCUAUUGCUUCCUCACCACAAUAACUUAUAUUGAAUAUAAGUUAUUGUGGUGAUAUUGUGGAAUAAUUUUGUUUAAUGAACAUACAUUAUGGUUUACUGUAUCAAAGAGGGCAUGUCAAGGGCACACAGCUUCUAAUAGCAUAACAGUGUAGGUUUGCAGAAUACCUGCUUUCAAAAUACUUUAAAAGUUAAAAUCCUACACGGUUUAUAAAAUCCAUGACAGAACAAAUGACACUUGACUGGAUUCGGGACAUAUAAAGGAUUAAAAACAAUACAAGCAUCUUUUUCUUUUCUUAAAAAUCCAAAAAUAUCUGCAUUCUUCCAUUCAAAUGGAUAUCGGGAAACUUAACAAAAUGUUUGUGCUACAUUGGAAGUAAUGGCAGAGCUUUUACUUGAAUUGUAUUCAUAGAGAGAUGUUCUUAUGUCUGUAUUUAUUGCCUGGUUUGUUUCCCUAAUUAUGUGACCUGAAAAGUAAUCAAAAUCUUAUAAAAGCUAUGGAAUGUA